AUGGAUGAAAAAGACGAAAGAGAACUGAAUACAUGCUUGAAUUCAAUUAUUCAAAAAGUAGCUGAAGUUAUUGAAACAUCAAAAGAUAAACAAAAACAACCGCUUACUUCUACUUUUGCUCCUCCGCCUGCUUCUCAACAAGAAACAGUCGAUGAUCCAUUGUUCAAUAAUUCUGUUCAAAGCAAUAAUUUAAACACGUUUACAGUUGACAAUGAUGAAAAAGAAUUACUCGAUACACUGACAAAUGACGUUCAAAAUAUACUAUAA